ACUCUUUUACACCCCAGCGGUACUCAUCGACGCCUUGGCAGGUUUCAUCCUCCGUUCACUCCUUCAGAUCAACAUCCAAGAAUCCCGGUAAUUUCCAAGAAAACCCCUUCCACCAACCCAAACUUUCAAAAUGCGUUUCUCCGCUGUCGCCGUUGCCGCUCUCGCCACCCAGGCCGCCGCCUGGAGAGGCCAGGGCCCCCCGUCCGGCUCCUACUGGGGUUGGGGUAACACCGGCCUCGAGGCCAGCAAGUCCGCCUCCCCCGACGACUGCUCCGGCGCCGAGGUGACCUCCACCUCCACCAUCACCCUCCCCGCCGCCACCUCCGCCGCCCCGGUCGUGACCCCCUCCGCCGCCGCCUCCGUCGAGGAAGCCGUCAGCACCACUUCCUCCGCUGCCCCGGCCGCCACCACCGCCGCCUCCAGCGGCAGCUCCGGCCUCACCUCGGACCAGCAGGCCGCCCUCGAUGCCCACAACGCCGCCCGCUCCGACGUCGGCGUCCCGGCCCUCGAGUGGGAUGCCACCCUCGCCUCCAACGCCCAGGAGUGGGCCACCCACCUCCUCUCCGUCGGCUCCCUGACGCACUCCCAGGUCUCUGACCAGGGCGAGAACCUGUACAUGCAAUCCUACACCGACAGCCCCUACGUCAACGCUGCCAGCGCCUGGAUCUCCGAGAAGUCUUCCUACAACGGCGAGACCAUCUCCGAGUCCAACUACAUGGGCUUCGGUCACUACACUCAGAUCGUCUGGAAGAGCACCACCAAGGUCGGUCUGGCUGUUGCCACCAACUCCCAGGGCACCUACGUCGUCGCCCGCUACUCGCCCCCCGGCAACUACCUCGGCGAGAAGCCCUACUAAACGUCGAUAAUGACGCCACCAUUGGACGAAUUUUGAAAAAUUGGCACAUGGGAUCACGCAGGGACAAUAAGGCAGGGCACCUGUUCUGGUAGCUACGUUGGCUGGGCCGAACACACCAACAAACUCUUUUCUUUCCAUUCUUGGACAUUUUUUUGUGUACUUGGGGUUGAGAUAUUUUCCCACGACUUGAUGCUGGAUUCCAAAAUCAGGAACGAAGAAAAGGGGGUAGAUCCUGGGUCCCUUUUUUUAUUUUACUUUUUACAAAACCAACCGCCCUUUGGCGAAUUUCUUGUAUGACUAUAACGAGACAUAGCUGAAAUGCCUCACGAUGCAAAUCGAACUUCU